CUCGCCCGGGCCGCCUCCUAAACGCUCCGUCCUUAAUAAUACACAACAGGUCCUACUAGUUACAAGGUGGUGUUCUUUACAUGCAUGCUCACAAUUAAACCUCCCAACAAUCCUAUAAGGAUAUUGUGAUUGCUAAAUACCACAAAGGAGCAAGUGAAAAUUGUAAGGUUCUAAAACACAAGCAAGCCUCUUGGGCGCAAAAAUCUGCGACAUCUCUGGAAUACUACCUGAGAGUGUUGGGGUGCCAUGUCGAAGAAACGCAAAUGGGAUGACGACUAUGUUCGUUACUGGUUCACCUGUACGACAGAGGUUGAUGGAACUCAGCGCCCACAGUGUGUGUUGUGUAACUCAGUAUUUUCAAAUGCUGAUCUCCGACCAUCAAAACUAUCUGACCAUUUCAACAGGCGGCAUGGUGGUGUAGGUGGGCACGAUCUCAACAGCCUGAAACAUGUGCCAGCACCAUCUGAUCAGAGUGAAACCCUAAAAGCAUUUGGAGUUGCAUCUCAGGAGGAUGCCUUACUUCAGGCAUCAUAUCAGUUUGCAUAUUUAUGUGCCAAGGAGAAGAAUCCUCAUACAAUAGCUGAAAAACUAGUGAAACCUUGUGCGUUGGAAAUAGCACAAAUAGUUUUGGGACCAGAUGCACAAAAGAAACUUCAGCAGGUACCCUUAUCAGAUGAUGUGAUCCAUUCUAGAAUUGAGGAAAUGAGCCAGGAUAUCUUACAGCAAAUUCUAGAAGAUAUCAAAGCCAGUCCUCUUAAAGUGGGUAUCCAACUUGCUGAGACAACAGACAUGGAUGACUGCAGUCGGCUAAUGGCAUUUGUUCGAUACAUAAAAGAAAGAGAGAUCAUAGAAGAGUUCCUGUUCUGUGAACCAUUGCAGUUAACAAUGAAAGGAAAAGAUGUGUUCCGUCUAUUCAGAGACUUCUUUUUGAAGCAUAAGAUAUCACUUGAUGUGUGUGGCUCUGUUUGUACUGACGGCGCCUCUUCUAUGCUAGGAGAAAAUUCAGAAUUUGUUGCCUGUGUGAAAAAAGAGGUACCUCAUAUCGUGAUCACACAUUGUUUGUUGAACCCCCAUGAACUUGUCACAAAGACACUGCCUUCAAAACUAAAGGAUGCUCUUUUUACUGUGGUGAAGGUAAUAAAUUUUAUCAAAGGGCGAGCUCCAAAUCAUCGCCUGUUUCAGGCUUUUUUUGAAGAAAUUGGAAUAGAGUAUAGUGUUCUCCUUUUCCAUACUGAAAUGAGGUGGCUUUCCCGAGGCCAAAUACUUACUCAUAUUUUUGAAAUGUAUGAAGAAAUAAAUCAGUUUCUUCACCACCAAAGCAGCAAUUUAGUUGAUGGCUUUGAAAAUAAAGACUUUAAAAUUCACCUAGCAUACCUGGCAGAUUUAUUCAAACACCUAAAUGAACUUGGUGCAUCUAUGCAAAGGACUGGGAUGAACACAGUAUCAGCUAGAGAGAAGUUAUCUGCUUUUGUUAGGAAGUUUCCAUUUUGGCUUAAGCGCAUUGAAAAAAGAAAUUUUACCAAUUUUCCUUUUCUUGAAGAAAUCAUUGUUUCAGCUAAUGAAGCAUUAUGCAUUGCAGCUGAAAUAACACUGCACCUGCAACAGUUGAGCAGCUCCUUCCACGAAUAUUUCUCUGUUGGAGAUCUUGAUGAGGCAAGUAAAUGGAUACUGGAUCCAUUUCUUUUUAAUCUGGACUUUGUUGAUGAUGGUUAUUUAAUGAAAAAUGACCUUGCUGAAUUACGAGCUAGUGGCCAAAUCCUAAUGGAAUUUGAGACAAUGAAGCUUGAGGAUUUCUGGUGUGCUCAAUUCACAGUGUUUCCAAGCCUGGCAAAAACCGCUCUAGAAAUCCUUAUACUAUUUGCAACUACAUACCUUUGUGAGCUGGGAUUUUCUUCACUUUUACAUUUUAAAACAAAGUCCAGAAGCUGCUUGAAUAUGAGUGAUGACAUCCGUGUGGCUAUUUCAAAAAAAGUUCCUCGUUUCUCAGACAUCAUCGAACAAAAACUCCAGCUACAGCAGAAAUCAGUGUAAGCUGGCAGACUUUUUUUUUUUUUUUUUUUUUUGACUGCAGCAUACAGCAGCUGGAUGUGGGAUCACAGUUCUGAAACCAGGAAUUGAACCUGAGCCACAGGGGUGAAAGCUCAGAAUCCUAACCAC